CUCUCUCGUCGAGGACAGAGUAUCCAGGCCGUACAUUCGCUAUGAAGACCUCCAUCGCUUGCAAUAUAGCCCUCUUGGGCCUUGCUCAUGCUUACCCAGGCCCGGGGCACGUGGCCUCCAAGGUGCAAAGACGACAAGAUGCACCAUAUGGCACAUUCCCUGCGGAAGAUGACCCCUUUCGUUUUAUUCCUUGCACCAGCGAGACGGUCCCGCCGAGACUGGCAGACCGGGAUGCUACUCAGACCUGGCAAAAGCUCUUCAACCCAGACCCCAGCCACUGGAGCUGGGGUAGCCGUAGGAGCGGCGUUAAUGGGACUUCAGAUGACCCUUUCAGGGGUAGAGGAAUCUACCUUUGUGGCUAUCUCGACGUCCCAUUCGACUACAAGAACGAGUCCGAAAGUCGCAUCUUCCGCUUGGCUGUGAGCAAAUACCAAGCAUCCGGGCUGGCUCCUGCCGGUUCCGACUCAUCGACGGCUGGCAAGAAGAGCGAGCGGACUCUUGUGAUCAACCCAGGCGGUCCCGGCGGAAGCGGAGUGCAAUAUGUGGCGUUGGCGGCAGAGGAGCUCUCGGAAAGGAUGAGCGGAGGUGACAUCGAUGUCCUGAGCUGGGACCCCCGCGGAGUCAACGCAACCCAGCCUGCUGCCAAUUGCUACUCCCACCCUGCCUAUGCCGAUCGUUGGCAGUGGGCAUCAUCGCUGUGGCCAGAGAUCGAGUCUGGUACCGCAUCCGACACUCAGUUUGCAUACUCGGAUGCCAUGGCCAAUGCGACCAUGCAAGCAUGCGCGGCUAGGCUCGGAGAUCUGGGUCGUUUUGUGACGACGGCCCUCGUGGCACGGGACCUGGAUGAAAUCAGAAAGGCCCUGGACGAGCCCGAACUGACGGCCUACAUGCUAUCCUACGGCACCGAGCUGGGUCAGACAUACUCCAACAUGUUCCCGGAUAACGUCGGCCGCAUGAUCUUGGACGGUCCCACCUUCACGCUGGAGUGGCGCCUGACGACAAGCUUUGUCGUGCCCGCCUUGGACGACGUGAUGGACGCGUGGAGGGAGGGCUUCUUGGGAGAAUGCGUACAGGCUGGACCGCUCCUAUGCCCGCUUGCCAGGCCGUCGAUCGGUGAUGGAGGAAACGGGACCGUCACCGUGACAAAUCUGGACCGCCGUAUGCGCCAAUUGGUGGCGUCGCUGGCCGAGAAUCCCCUGCCAGCCUUCUCGAGCGCGACCGGGGCAAGCCUGGUCACCUUCACCAACAUGGCAUAUCUGUUGAUCAACGGCAUGUAUCUCCCGAGUGCCUGGCCCCUGCUAGCCCAUUUGCUCUGGGAGCUCGAGCAGGGCGGUACCAGCGACCUGGCGAAUCUCGUGGCCUUCCGCUACAAUCCGCAGUCUCCUCCCAUGAACCCCGCCAUCCCCGACACCACGGAGCUCACAUACCUGGUCAUGUGCGGCGACUCUUACGACGACGACCGGAACUCGAUCGAGUGGUGGCAGCGACUACGGGCAAACAUGACCGAGACCUCGUGGUUCGCCGGCGACCUGAGGAGCCAGCAGAUCCUCUACUGCCGCCACCACAGGGCCAACUUUGGGCCGCCCGUGGAGCUUUACAGGGGCGACCUGACCGAGGAGCUCAAGAACCCGAUCCUCAUGGUCGCCCAGACGCACGACCCGGCCACGCCCCUGUCCAACGGCCGCAAGGUGCUCGGGGCGAUGGGCAGGGACAACCUGAGGCUCGUCGUGCACCACGGCUACGGCCAUGGGACGCACGCAGACGUGAGCAGCUGCACAGAGGACCUGAUGAAGGCCUACAUCUCGGAUGGAGAGAUUCCCGACGAAACCGAGACCAACUGCUAUGCCGACAGAAAACCCUUCGACCUCCCGGUCCCAGCGGGAACGACCGGCGGCGGCAACAGCACGAUAAUUUCGUUGCGCUCAUUGUCCGAGUCUAGGGAGCAGACCACCAGUGACAAGGCUGAUGAUGUAAUCAAGGUAUUUGGGGACUUGAGACGGAAUAUUUGGCUGUGA